AUGUUCUGUGAUUCUGUUAGCUCCAUUUCGAAUUGUAAUGGUUCGUCGUCUGCAAACUCCCGUAACGUGCCCAUGAGUAAUGACCCUGGACUUAAAGUCGAACAAGUUCGUUGGUUUUAUCGCGACUCCAACAACAAACGUUGGGUACCGUUUAGUGGUUAUGAUUCUAUCAAUUUGGAGUUGAAUUAUCGAAAUCGCCUUGUCUGUAAUAAGAGCGACUGUCUGUUUGAUCAAACUGGAGCUGCAAUAUGCAACUCAGAAGAUUCUUCUGUUGAUCACAAAGUAUCUGUAAGGGGUGGACUUUAUGAAGCAGAUAUUGAUAGGCGAUGUUGUGUUCCUACUUACUGGCCUGUUGAAAGGUGUCCCGCACGUAUUUUGCGCGGUACUUGGUUUCGCGAAGGUUAUGGUGGUGCCCUUGAACCUUUUGACGAUGAGUCAAUGGCUGAACGUUUAGAAGCUGAGUACAUCACUUGGUACUUAAGAAAACCUCAGAAUAUCGCUAUCUCGGAUAAACCUUUGUACUCAAAUAGCAGCUUGUUCACUAGAAUAGAUGUCAGCACACCACUUCAUUCUGUUGUUAGCGCUCCAACUCUUCGGUAUGCAGAUACUAUAAAGACAAGCGAGUUGGUUGCCGAAAAUUCUCAAUCCUCUCGUUCUGAAAAUAAAGAUUUAACAAAUGGAGUAGAAAACUAUUCGGAUGAUAGCGUCUGUGGUUCCACUGUGCUGAAAAAACGAGUUCCUUGUCAAACGAUUCACUUCACUGAUUGUCAUGUCGAUUGUUAUGGAGAAAAUGAGUUGUAUUUGUAUUAUGAAUCCACUAGUUUGUAUAUCAGACAAAAACUGGGAAUGCAGAAAGUCGGUACUCGUUUGUGUCGUGGUUUUAAUGAUUUGGCCCUAAAGGAGGAUAAAAUUGCCGAUGUUUCUCACCUUUGUUUUGUUAUCCAUGGGAUCGGUCAAAAAAUGGGUACUAACCUUAUUCUGAACAAUUGCAAUGAGCUUCGUGAUACUUGUGAUAAAAUAAAAACUCGUUACUUUUCACAUUUGGAUAAAGAAAAUAAACGUGUGGAAUUUUUACCUGUUGAAUGGCGAACUGUUUUACAGUUAGACGGUAAUACAGUUGAAUCAAUCACUCCUGUUCAUCUUCGAGGACUUCGUACAGUUCUGAAUUGUUCUGCUAUGGAUAUUAUGUAUUAUACUAGUCCUUUGUAUCGAGCUGAAAUUAUUUGCAGUUUAAAAAGUGAACUCAAUAGAUUAUAUGAUAUGUUUCGUCGGUUGAAUCCUGAUUUCGAAUCUCGAGGUGGAAAAGUUUCAAUAAUUGCUCAUUCUCUUGGAUGUGUCCUAGUUUACGAUCUAAUUACUGGCUGGAAUCAAGUCCAUGAUAAUGAUCCAUUAACUGAAAUCUUAUUAAAUAAAUCAACUGAUAAAAAUAUAUUUUUCCACUCAGCUUCCACAAAAUUGUCAAAUAUUACGGAUAAGACUUUACCAAACAAUAACUUGAAUGUGCUAUAUCCUGACCACAGACUGUCGUCUAAUGGAAACUUGGAACAAAUUGCUCGUGUUAAUAUUCGGUUGGAAACUGCAAGGACAUUGGUGAAUAAUUUAGAACAGGAAUUAAGCAGCUUGCUAUUUACUCGUGACAAUCACAUGAAUUGUGAUUCUCAGAAGUCAAAUGUUAGCAAUAAUCAUCAGGACGACCAGUCAGUAUAUAGUAAACCGUCAGUAUGUCACCCAAACUCUUCAUUGCAUCAACAAAAUCCUUUAUUGUUUGCGGAUAAUCUAGAAAACCUUUUCUGCUUGGGCUCACCUUUGGGCGUGUACUUGGUUUUGCGUGGUAUCCGCCCUGGUCCUUUUCAAACUCAAGACUCAAUACUUCCUCGAAAAAUUUGUCCCCGGAUUUUUAACAUUUACCACCCAGCAGAUCCUGUAGCUUAUCGUUUAGAACCAUUAAUUUUAAAAUAUUAUUCCACUAUCCAACCAGCUUUGAUUCAUCGAGUUGAUGCUGUUUCAAAACCAUGCUAUGACACACUUCCUUUGCUUGAAUAUUCUGGUAAAGAAUUCAAACAUCCAAAACCACAAAAUUGUCAUCAACAGGUAGCGAAAAACCCUUGCUCAGAUACAAAUCAAUUUAUAACCACACAAGAUGCAGAUUCCUCUAGACGUUCAUCAAUUGCUAGUCGAUUAUUUGGUUUUUUCUCACGAGCACCAUAUUUACCUGGUGGAAGUCAAGAAACAGGAGGAAUCGAUCUUACUCUUUCCGAAAAAUUAUCUAACCAUGACAAUGAUGAGAAAAUUAAUUCUAUAGAGAAAUGUUCUGAAGAUCAAAAAACAACAAAUUCACUUAAUUCAUCAUUAUCAUCUAAUGAUUUAUUUGAAAAUGAUUUAUGUUGUUAUGAACCAUUACAACUUGAAUGUCGAUUAGAUUUUGAAUUACAAAUAUCACGUUAUGAAAAUAUGUAUCUUUCUCUAUUAACUUCACAUACUAGCUAUUGGACUAAUCCAGAUAUUUGUAUGUUUAUUAUGACAUAUUUAUUUCCAUUAAAACCCGGUUCAACAGAUUAA